CACACACACACACGCACACACGCGCGCGCACACACUCUCACACACUCACACACACACACACUGCAUCCAAAACAAAGCUGGAGGAGAACGGAGAGAGAGAGAGAGAGCACGGAGCAGAGCGCCACACUGCUAUCUCAGGAGGGGAAAAAAAGCAGGAUUAAUUGAUUUUUUUUUCAAGCAUUAUUGUUGUUGUUGUUGUUGUUGUUGUUGUGCUUGCGGUGCACUAGUGGUGAGCACUCAGCCCGCGGUGAUGGACAUUAUGAGUGCGGUGCAGGAUGCGUGUGUCUCCGGUCAGUGGCUCACCGCGAUCAUCCUCAGCCUUUGCUGCUUUUUGCCUUCGUGCUUGCCUGCUGGACAAACUGUGGACUAUGCCUCGAGUGAAAGUGUGGUGAGCCGGCAAGGAGACACAGCGCUGCUCAGGUGCUACCUGUUGGACGGGAUCUCGAAAGGGGCGUGGUUAAACCGUUCCAGUAUAAUAUUCGCAGGGAAUGAUAAGUGGUCAGUGGAUCCUCGCGUAUCCAUCAUAUCGAACAUGGGCGACAAACACGAGUACAGUCUACAGAUACAGAAAGUGGACGUAACGGACGAAGGUUUCUACACCUGCUCGAUACAGAGCGAACGCAAUCCACGGCCAAAACUCAUCCAGUUAAUCGUCAAAGUUCCUCCCAAAAUAUAUGACAUCUCAUCAGACAUCACGGUAAACGAAGGCGGCGAUAUUUCACUCUUCUGUUUAGCCAGCGGGAAACCAGAGCCGAAAAUCACCUGGAGACACAUCAGCCCAUCAGCCAGGAAGUUCGAGAGUGGAGAAAAUCUGAACAUAACCGGAAUAACUCGGGAUGCAGCAGGGGAUUAUGAAUGUGGCGCUGAGAACGAUAUUGCUUCUCCUGACACCCGAACUGUGAAAGUCACCGUCAACUUUCCACCGUCUAUCCAUGAGAUGAAGAGUCACGGGGUCCGACCCGGUUACACGGCGCUGCUGAGGUGUGAGGCGGCCGCCGUCCCCACUCCGGUUUUCGAGUGGUACAAAGGAGAGAAGAGACUCAGCAAGGGUCAAGCAGGCAUCGACAUCAAGAACGUGAGCUCCAGGUCUAUCCUCACAGUGAGUAACGUCACCGAGGAUCGCUAUGGCAACUACACCUGCGUGGCUGUCAACAAGCUGGGAGCGGCCAACGCCAGCGUGCCUCUGAUUCCCCCAAACACAGCUCAGUACGGGACCACCGGAGGCGGGGAAGCUUUGCUGGCCUGCGGUUUCCUGGUGCUGGCUCUCAGCUCUCUGCUCUGCGUUUACUAGCGCUACGUACAGCCAUACGCACUGAACUGGACUGAACCAUUCUCACGGCUCAUUUCCGGAUCCGAUCUGGCAACGCGGUUUGCUUUUUUUUGUUUUGUUUUGUUUUGUUUUUUUCGCGAAAAGAGAGAUAUUUUAAUCAGUAAGCAGUACUCUCCAGCUGGUGGUUUUUCUGUUCUGUGGAAUUUCUCAUCAUGUAAAUAUGUACGGUUUACAUUUCUUCUCUCCUCUCCUCUCCUCCCCCCUCCUCCAUUUAUUUUAUUUUCGUUUCUUUUCUUGAUUGCCCACUUUGUGAAUCAGCACCAUUGUGCUCUUUUAGAAAGCUUGAGAAUUAGCCCUGUCGUUCUGAGGGGAGCGGGGGUUGGGGAGUCGUUGUUCGAGGAGGGGGAGGGUGUAGUAAAAGUGGUGUGUGUUGUUGUUGUGUUUUUGAGAGGAUGCCCUGAAGUGUGCCACCGCCAUCAGAGUGCUCUCGUACACACACUCCUCUGUACUCUUUCAGGUCAUAAUAUUUAGCCGGCUAAUUUGAAACCACUCAGAUUUGCACAAUCAGAACAAUCAAAGCGCUUUUUUUGAGAAGGGAACGUUUCGGCGACUGCUGAAACAGGGACGUCGGGUUGUACUCCAAUAUUCCAGUAUUUCACCGACAACCGCGUGGACCAAAACGACAGCCAUAAUUCAGUGACUUUAGCACAUUAUGCUAACACUUAAAUAUCUGCCAUAAUAAUUUGAACAUAAAUACUAAGACAAAUAUUUACCUCGACAUUGGUUGCCCAAAUAUGUAACAAAAAUUUCAGCUUUUUUUAUUUAAUUUUAAUUAAAUUUUAUUUUAAUAUCACUUUAGUAAUAUUACAAAAAAGCAAGAAUUUAACAACUAAAAUACUGAUAGAUAUUUUGAAAUAUCCAACAGCUGUCAUUUUAUUUUAUUUUAUUAUUUUAGUUUGUUUUUCAAAUCGUUUUCAUGCUUUUUUUAAUGAAAUAUGAUUUUGGCAGUACUAAUAAAAAAGCUUCAUGAGGCAACAGAUUUAACAUUUAUAUAUAAUUAUAUUACGUUUACAACGCUUCAUAAUAAUUUGAUAAUAAAUUCUGAGACUGAUAUUUUACCUUCCCCAAAUUUCUAACAAGUUUUCAAAUGUUCAUUUCUUUUUUUUUACUAAAUUUAUUUUAUUUUAUUAUGUUCUUUUUAGUGAAAUUGAAUUAAUCUAAUAUUUCUCUUCAUGAGCUUGUUAAAAGAAAACAAAUAUAAAAUAUGAAUAAUUAAACCGAUUUCUAGAUAUUAUUUCUAAUUUUACGUUUGAAAUGUCCUGUUGGCAGAUUGUUACACGUCUCUCUAUGAGAUAAAUGAUUGAAAUGAUUUACAUUGUCAAACGAUUUCUGGAAAUCGGUUUAAUAAUAUUAAUAAUUUAUUUGUUUUAGCUUAGUCAUAUAAUGGUUCGUGAAUAUUUAUUAAUAUUCCAUAAAUGAUCAUUUGAUAAUGAAUUCGGAGACAAAUAUUUACCUCGAUUCCCCAAACAAAUAAUAUAAUUUCAGCUGUUCAGUUCUUUUUUUUUUAAAUGAUUUUUAUUAUUUUUUUUAUUUGAAUUUGGCGGUACUGAAAAUUCCCACACACAUUCACGAGUCAACAGAGUUGACAAUUCUAUACAUAUAUAUUUAAAAGAUUAUAUAAUUAUAUUCUUUGCUUCUGGGAGCCACAGACCGUGGAAAUAAAACCAAUGUGAGAUGUAUUUAAAUGCAUAAUGUGAAUAUAAUGUAUGUAUAAAAUCAGUUUUAUGCAGAAUUAUGUCGAAUUUAACUGGUGUUAAACAAAUUUACAUUACAGUAUGCUCACGUGAUUAGCGGUUGAUUUGGUUACCCUUCCUAAUGGUCAUGAUGGAUUUCUCUACAAGAAUUUCUUUUUACGUUUAUUGAGAUUAUGGAUGGAUUUUUUUUGUUUGUUUGUUUGUUUUUUUGGGCAAAGUGUGUCUCUUUAGUAACAAAAACUCGUGUUUGGUUUUAUCCGUUUUAUUUCACUGUAUUCGUUUGCUGUUUUUUUUUUUUUUUUUUUUGUUCAUGGAAAUCGUGUAUCACUCUUCACUUUUAACAGAUUCAGUUCUAUUUUAUUUUUUUAAUUAUUGUUAUGAUGAGUUGUACAGGAUUUUGAUAAUGUUUUAAUGCAUCACAUGACGUGCUCCCUGCUUUUGCUUUAGUCGGUUUUUGUAUGUGAAGUUGUUUUGAAAUGAGAAGCAGGAAAAAAAAACAGACAGUAUGAUAUAUGAUAAUUGAAAUAUGAUAUAAUGAUAUGAAGUGUGGAUAUAAAUGUCACUGGUUAUCAUUUUAAAAGACAGUAUGCAGUAUGGCAUAGUUUACAAUGUCGUCUUUCAGUUUAGAUGCCAUAACUGUCGUUAAAACUUCUUAUCGAACAAAUAGAUGCGAUCAGUUUUAAAAAAAAAAAAAUGAGCAGUUUGUAAUCAAAAACAUUAACUUUUUAACUCAGAGGGUGUGAACACAGUUAUAUGAUAUCAUAGAAGCUAAGUCGUGUGUGUGUGUGUUUGGAGAAAGUAGAACUAAUUUUAUAUUCUCGGUAGAGCCUUGUGUCUAGGUUUAGUUUGACCUCUACCCUAGCUCUCACACACAUGUGUAUUUUCCGAUGUGCAGAAAUUAUGAUUGUGCUGCAUGUCAAAUGUAUGUUAAGGUGGCCAAUGACCAUAAACCAAUACCUUUUGAGUACAAAACCAGUUUCAAGACUGUUUUGACUCAUUUUUACUCGCCGGAGAACCAUCACACAAACGAUCCAACAAAACUAAUAAACAAAACAUCACAACAAGAUUUCCUUUAGAUGUCUUUAAAAAAAAAAAAAAUCUCCUGAUGUUGAUUUUCAACAAAACAAUGUGUACGAAACAAUCUGUACUAUUUCUUUCACACACUCCUUUUUUCCAACAGCUUUAUUUAGCUCCAUUUUUUUUUGUUUCAAUUUUUACGCAAAUUUGGGUAGAAGAAAAAAUUCCUUAAAAAAUUCUUAAAUCCUGUACGCUGCAAAGAAAUAUAUCUUAGCAAGUGAAAAUAUCUUGAAUAUGAAAAUAGCAUCAUAUAUAAUAUUUCUUAUUAGGAGAUUAGAACAAAUCAAAUAUAAGAUUAUUCAGCUAGUUUCUCGAUGCUUUUACUCAUUUCAAGCUCUAAAUUCGUUUAUUCGCAGAUAAUUUUGCUUCUUUCUAGAAAUAAAUGCCUAAAAUUAGAAAAAAUGAUCAUCCUAUACAACAAGACUAUUUCAAGCUUGAAAUUAGUAACAAAUAUCUAGCAAAAGGUUUAAUAUUCCUAUAUUUGGUUUAUUGUAAUCUCACAAUAGGAAACAAUGGAUAAAUAUGACUAAGAUAUUUUUGCUUGCUAAGACGUAAUUUUUUUUUGAAGUGUAUACUUACAGCACAAAUUAGUGACAUUUCUGCACUACAAAAAUACGUAUCAAGCAAAAAUAUCUUAAAUAUAGCAGAAUUUGUCUAAUAUUUAUCAUUGUUAUAUUAUGCUAAAACACAUCUAAUUGUAUUAAACCGAUUUCUCAACAAUAUUUCUAAUUUUAAGAAAUUUUAAAUGAAAAGUUCUAUUAGAUAAUUUUGCUUCUUUCUAACAAUAAAAAAGCUUAAAAUAACUGCAUUGUCAAGCUUUAAUAUUAAUAAUAAUGUCUCAAUCAUGUUUAACGAUAUGUUACUUUUAGCAUAAUCUUAUAAUGAUAAUACAUUUGCUACAUUCAAGAUGUUUAUACUUGAUUUUUUUUUUUUUUUGCAGUGUGAUACAGAAAGUUUACAGUCCAAAUGUAAAUUAACUGUUAUUAGUUUCAGUUUAACAAACUAAACAUUGACGUGACAGUAAUUCCCGAACGCAGCAAAGCGGCCUUUAUACUUUUAACUUCAGGUAAAUUAAGUUUAUAAAAUUCAUCCAACUGCAAUCAGGACCUGACCUGAAUUUUACUGAUGAGUUUGCAACUGCAGUGUUAUUAUCAUAUCAGUGAUAAAUAAAUGUUUUCUCAACCAUCAUAAUCAUAAACUUUUAGGGCGAAAGCCUGUCUAUAAGCACAUGUUAUACUACCAUCAGCAGAUUUAUUCCAAAUAUUUCACCUAAUGACUUCCUUUAUGCUUUUUAGAUUUUUCCUUUUAAUAAUAUCCUUACCUCGGCCUAAAAUCUUUAAUAUGGGAUAAAAUCUUUAUCUCAGGCUGAAAAUGUAAAUCUUAUUAAAAAAAUUUAAAACUCUAGCUAAAGUUCUGUUUUUUUUUUUUUUUUUUUUUACCUGAGUUAAAGAUUUUAUCCCGAGAUUAAGAUUCCCGUCCAAGUCAAAGAUUUUAUCCAGAAUUAAAGAUUUUGAUUUUAAGCUAAAAUAAAGAUUUUAGCCCAAGUUAAAGAUUUAUAUUUUUGCUAAGGAUAAAGUCUUUAACCCUGGCUGAAAUCUUUUAAUUUAGGUUGAAAUCUUAAAAUUCUGGUUAAAAUCUUUUAACUUCAGGACAGAAAUCUUUAACUCAAUCUAGUCUUUGAGUACAAUUUAAAUCUUUAUCUCGAUAAAAUGUUUCUCUCUGGCUAAAAUCUUUAUCUCAGGCUAAAAUCUUUUCCUUGGGCUAAAAUUUUUUGUACAUGGUCUAAAAUUUAACUCGUUUAACUCUGGCUAAAACCUUUAACUCAACUAAAAUCUUUUUCUUGGCUAAAAUCUUCAACUCUGCCUAAAAUGUUUGACUCGGGCUAGAAUCUUUAUCUCAGGCCAAAAUCUUUAACUCGGGUUAAAAAAAAUUAACUCGAUAAAAUGUUAUUUCAUUCUAAAGUCUUUAUCUCUUGCUAAUAUUUUGGACUCAGCUAAAAUCUUUAUCUUGGUCUAAAAUCCUUAACUUUGGUAAAACAUUUGAACUUGAGAUAAAAAUGUUUCUCUUGGGCUAAAUGUUUAUCUCGGGCUAAAAUCUUUAAUUCUGGCUCAUACACCAACAAACACCAUGUUGAUUUCAUCAUCAUCUGACAACCAAUUUGGGGAAUAAGUACUGUAUAAAAAUGUGCCUUUAAAGUAUUAAAGUGAGCUGUUGAACUCCGUAUAAAAUGCUAACAAGCUGCAGGUAAAAUAAGGUCAUAAACAUCAGUGUGCGGUUUGCAGUGUAAAACUGUGUGUGCAGUAUAUAUGUCUCAAGACAAGUCCAGAUUUAUCCAUCAUAAAUAUAUCAUGAAGCAAUUUUGGCACAAACUCUUUUUCCAUAAAUAUUCAGAGUAGGAGAACGAUGCAGACUUCAUUAACGUUGCCUAAGUGGAUCUCAAGUUAAAAUAAAACACCGGAAGUCAGGAGGUGCUCAUGCAUGCAGAAUUAUAUUAAAAAAUAAAAAGUUACAGCUUUUUUUUUAAAAAAAAACAGUAUGUAAAUAACAAGUGCUGCAAAUUUACAACAUCUAAUGAUUGCAAUUUAAUUAAUUACAAUUUCACAUGGAUAGUUAAAGAUUAUUUUGCGUUUAAUUCCUCACACAGUUGACGACUUUCCUGCCUUUAAUCUGAGAUUCAACUGCAGAGAUAUACAAUAAUACAUACCUGUCUGAAUCUAAGGCUUCAUAAAAGGACAUAAUGAAUAGUUGCUGUUUUUAAACCACUUCAGCGCUGAAAACAAUUCAGCACUUUCCCGGAGUUAACUUGUUAGGAAAUGAAAGCCUUAGCUGUGUUUAGUACCUGCAGUAUGUUAUAAUGACGCAUUAUGUACAUUGUCUCAUUGUGAUGAUUGCAGCUUUCCUGCUAGACAUAUCGCAUUUUCAAAAAAUAAAUAAAUAAAAUAGCAAAAUCAUGUAACUAAAAUUUAUAAAGUUAGUAAGUUACAUAAAAUUAGAUGCUUAUGAAGGGAUAGAGGAGGAACUUACAUGACUGAAUGAAUGAUGACAACAGUUACUUUGUAAUGCUUAAACAUAAACAGUUCGUUCGUGGCUAUAAAUAAAACAGUUGGAAGUGAUUGUUUUGUUUCGUAGUUUCACGUUACCACUUUUGACUAGCGCCAGGGACUAAAGUAAAUAAACGCAUACGUCUUUGUGUAUUCACCUUUGAAAAUUCUAUUUCUGUCAUUUUUUUUUUUUUUUUAAACAAACCAUGAAAAGUCUGUGAAAACGCUUCCCUUAUGGACGUAAUAUCUCUGUAGCUAGUCUCUGCUCUGAUGAGCUACCUGAAGCGAAUUAAUUGACAUAAAUGCAUGUGAUUGGUUAAACUGCAAAAGAGGAUCUGCUUCAGAAUUCGAGUUUGGGGCAUAUUUAGAAAACUAGAUACUAGUUUUUUCACUCUGAUCAGCUCUACACCAGUAUCUUCUGAAAUACUUUGCUGGUUCCGCAGCCGGACAACAAGUUAACGCCCCCUAUCUUAGGAGAACUGAGCUUUCACUGGUUUCUCAGUGCAGAUUUAACACCCCGGACACCUGUAGCUCACCUCUCAACCCCUGGCAUCUUUCAAAAAAGGCUUUAUUUUUUUAGAGUGGUAUCUCUGUGAGCAGGAAGGGGAUGAUUCGUUUGACCCAGCGGUUAAUAAAGUCCUUCCUGUGCCUUUGUUAGAUUUUGAUGGUGGGAUUUUAUGGAGUGCUGCAGGGCUGCUGCCUUCACUAACCACGAGCAUUCAUUCUCUCAGCAGCAGUCCGACUGAAUCCAGCAUAUCACAGAAAAAAAAAUUGCAGCUUUAGUAGUGCAGGUUAAACACCUGUCCUUUUUCAACAGCCAACCACGAUGUUUAGUUAUAGUCAUCUCCUCUGAGCAACAAACAAAAUCCGUCAAACUGUGGAUGGUUUACAGGUUCUACCGUAAUGUCACUUUCAUGUUGCCAUUAUAUAUAAAGUAGCUGCCAAAUGUACCAAAUGUACGGCUCCUAAAAGUCUUUAUUUUGCUCCUAACACUUUGUCGACACACCACUCUCUAUUCUCAGUGAGCUGGAAAAUAAGUUAUCCAGGCGACGAUGCAGCGUUCUUGAUAAAGCAAUACGUAUUUAUACAGAGCGAUCUAAUCCUGAGCGCUGUGUGAAACUGAUGAGGCCAAGACAUCAUGGUGGCCAUUUAGGUGAAAAGUGCAGGAUAAAUUGGUGGUUUAUAAGGAUAGUUCAGUGUUCAACUAAAGUGGAUGUGUCUGUAACUCAAGUAGCACUCUGAGUGUCAUCAAGUGCUCUAUUUUACGAUGGUCUUAGCAGGAUGGGAUUGGGAACGUGCCUGGAUGCAUUAAACACUCGGAUAUGAAACACUUUGAUGAUGAAGCACUAAGUGUUAUCUCCCGAUUUACUUAAAUUAGAGAACUGUGUCUUAACUGUGUCUGUUUGUUUUUUUAAGGACAUAAGCCAAAUUACUGUCCUUUUAUUUCAUAUCCUUUUUGUUAUUCUUCCUUGCAAGUUUGUACACAUUUCUCUUUCUGAAGGAGUUUUAAUCCAGAACUAACCAAAAUGUAUCCACUCCAGCUCAGUUACUUAUAUCUUACUUCUUCCAAACACUUGUAUCUCAUCAACCUUCAAGCUGAAAUCAUUAAACUCUCAAAUUACAAAUUAGCUUUUCACAUAUUCUUCCUCCUUUCCCUUGUUUUCUUUUCUCCCUCAUCUUAUCCCACACUCUUUCCUUUUGAGGUUUCUUUAGUUGGGGGAAUCGUAAACUGAAAGCUGAUAACCCUUAAUUCUUUGGAAGAACCUGUGAGGAACCCUUUGUGCCUAAGAGUGUAUAGAUUGGUGGGUACGAUGUAGAGUCAACAAAGUCGGUGUAUAUAUGAAGACCAUCCAAACUUAUGUUUGUACCAAUUUCUUUUCUUUUCUUUUCAUUAAUCAUUUCAUUUUUUUUUUUUUUUACCUCUCCUUCAUCCAGUAGAAAUCCAUGGAUUUUAAUAUCCAUUGACACUUUGGUUUGUUCAUUAAAGAUGUUUUCCUACUAGAGAGGAGGGCAGCUUGAAUUCUACUCUUGAACCCUAUUAGGAAGCUAAAAACCCAUAACACUUCAUAAGAACCCACAAGGAACCUUUUUCCCAUUAAAACUCUUUGGCUGGUUCAUGUGGAGGAACCCAUUAAGACAUUUCCCUAUCAUAGAGGCUUUCAAGUAGAACCCUAUUAGGAAGCUAAGAUUGCUUCACUUUCAAGAAGAACCCAUGAGGAACCCUUUAUCUGCAAGAGAGUAUGGUUAUGAUGUAGAGCCACCAAAGUUGGUGUACAUAUGAAGACAGUCUGAACUUAUAUUUACACCACUUUGUUUCCUCUUUCCCUCAUUUUUUUUAAUCCUUCUAUCCUCCAAUGCAAAUGAUUUUGAUAUUCAUCAGCUUUACACUGUAGACUCUUUGGCUUGUUCCACUGGCUUCCAAGUCAAAACCCCUCAACUCUCCAGAGAACCUGUGAGGAACUUUUUUUUUUCUGAUUGUAUGAUGUAGAGCCACCAGAGUUUGUGUACCUAUGAAGACCAUUUGAACUUGCAUAUACUCCAAAAUGUUUUUCUAUUUGUGAAUCCUUUCUUUUUAUCCCUCCAUUAUCCAGAGGGAUAAAAUGCACUUAUUUUGAUAUUCAUUGAGUCUAGGCUCUUCAGCCUGUUCCUCUGGAGGGUCCCUUCAAAGUGCUUACCACUUACAGCCCUUAUGAAUAGAUAAGACCCCUUAACUCUCCAUAGAACCACUGAGGAAUCUUUUUAAUGCUGAGAGUGUACAGAUUGUUGGGUACAAUGUAGAGCCAACAAGGUUGGUGCACAUAUUAAGACCAUCCAAAAUUUCCAUUCAUUUACACCCCUAUGACUAUAUGUUCAAGGAACCCUUAAAAGGUGUUUUCCUAUCAGAGAGGCUUCCAAAUAGAUCCUGUAAUUCUUCAGAAGAGCCUUUCAGGAACCCAAAUGCAUUCAUUUUGACACUCUAGACUAUUUAGCUUGUUCCACUGGCUUUCAAAUAGAACCUCUUUGGAAAGUGAAGAUCUCUUCCCAGAAGAACCUAUGAGGAGUGUGUUGAUUGAUGGGUAUGAUGUAGAGCCACCAAAGUUGGUAUACAUAUGAAGACUAUGUGAACUUACAUUGACACCAAUUUGGAUUGUUCUUCUAUGUGUGAAUGUGAAUCAUUUCACCUUUUUAUCUCUCCAGCAUCCAGUAGAAAUGUCUUAAUUUUGAUUCCUAUUGACUGUACACUUUUAGAAAAAAAAAAUUUAAAUCUUAAACCCAUGAGAAUCCUUCAGCUUGUUCUCUGGAGAAACCCUUAAAGGGGUAUUUCUAUCAGAGAGGCUUCCAAGUAGACCCCUUUUCGGAAAGCUAAGAACCCUUAUCUAUUCAAAGAACCACUGAGGAACCAUGAUUUUUCCAGAAACUACCAAAUUAAUGACCUUGACCCAUAAUAUGUGCAUUUUAUGCUCUCAAAACUUACCAGUGUUUAUCGUUUUUAUAAUUUUUUCAUCCCUCCAUUAUUCCAGAGAAACCCAUUCCUAUUUUUCAAAUUUUAGAACGUUUCAGGUGUUUCGUUAAUGCUUGCAUGUUUUAUAUUUCAUACUGCGAGUGCUCAUCAAUCUAACCACAACAUACGUUCUGUCAUUCCUCAAACUUCUCGUAGGAACCUAGUGAUACUACCUAUGUGAUAUCUAAUGAUACUUUUCACUUUUUUUCAAAGCUACCAUCAUUUUUGGGGGAAAGAUUGAGGUAUUCACACAGACCUCUUGACAGAAACUGACUCGUCUCACCCUGCUAGCAUUUAAAUAAAAAAAAAAAAAAAAACUGAUUUAUCAAACUACAUUCAAUACAUCUGGGUUAAAAUAUACAUUUUUUUGUUGUUGUUUUUUUUCCCUAAAUUAUCUGUCUGUAUUUCAUAUUUCAUACUGAUAGCACAAUGAUGAUAAUCAAAAUCCUUGAUGUUCAGGCUAGAAAACUCCUGUUCUUCAUGUCCAUGCCCAUGUCCAUGUUCCUGAGCGUCGACAAACUAACUUUAUUUAUAGUUUAAUUUUAUAUAAAAAAUAAUAAUUAAAAAAUCCUUCAUUAAAGGUGGUGAAAGUAUAGAAUGGACAUCAUGAACACAUGUCGGGGGGCCUAAUUUAUUAUUAUUAUUAUUAUUAUUAUUAUUAUUAUUAUUAUUAUUAUUAUUAUUAUUAUUUUGCUUUCAAUUUGUUUUCCAAAUCAUUAUAUGCUGAAAAAUUCUGUGAUGAGAAAUUUGAAAUGGUCAUCUUAAUGUUUAUGGAGGUUCUUUAGCCACCACGGAUAAUAGUUGUAUAUUUAUAGGCUCUAGAUCACUGGAAUGACAUAUAUGGCUUUAAGUGGCAUUGAUAUAUAUUGAUAUUUGUCAAGAACAAAAAAAAAAGAGAAAUCAUAUACCUUAAUUACUUUAAAGUUUACAUUGUGAAUAGCACGUAUGCAAUUUCAUUUUCAUCCUGUUUGAUGUAAUUUUGUAGCAGUGGUUUGAUACUAAUAAAUGGAAGUUGAUGA